CCGUGAGUCUCCACACCCAUCCAGCACCCAGGCGCCAAACUGGGCCAUUCCCCCCAAACAACUGCGAGUGCAUCAUCUGCGCGUGCUCCUUUGUCAUUGUCGUCCCAACGCUCUCUCUACUGCGCUACUCGUCACCAAACGCACAGUACUCUGCGUGUCCGACACCGCCAAAGACAACUCCCCCAUCCCCGAGUUGCUAGGCUACCUGCCCCCCUCCCCCCCCCCUUGCCCAAACGAAACCCAGCCCUAAUUCGCACAACCGCCGCAGAAUGCCGGUCCCCUCCCUCAGGCCUCUUGUCAAUAGCCGGAUCCUCGCAUCUCGUAUAAAACCAAAGUCAUCGCCCGCCGUUGCUGCGUUUGCUCUUUCUUGCACCCAAGCACCCCCCACAGCAUACCACGCAAGGAUGGUCUCGACCACUGCACCAAAGAAGACCCCAGCAAGGACUUUCGAGUACCAGGACAAGCUCCCCCGCUUGCCCGUGCCCGACCUUGACAAGUCGCUCGAGGGUUACAUCAAGAGCAUUGUGCCCCUCCUCGAGCAGAAGUAUGGCUCGCACGCCCUCCCCAAGGAGCUUGAGAAGCGCAAGCUCUUCGCCAAGGACUUUGCCUCCAAGGAUGGUCUUGGCCGUGUCCUCCAGGAGCGUCUGAAGGACCUCGACCACAUCUCGCCCAACAACUGGCUCGAUGACACGCUGUGGCUCGCGCUCGCGUACCACACCUGGCGCGCGCCCAUGCUCGUCAACUCGAACUGGUGGCUCCUGUUCGCGUCCGACCCCCAGGACCCUCAGCCCCCUGUUCUUGAGGGUGCCACCAACAAGACGACGGUCCCUCUCAACCCCAACCCCUCGAACGACCUUCCCGCCGGCGCUGAGGGUGGCGGCAAGCCUUGGCUCGACUCGCACACCGACAAGAAGGACUACUACCAGCCCUUCAAGUACGAGGAUGUGACCAAGAUUGAGUGGAUCACCGACUGGCAGGUUCGCCGUGCCGCUUGGCUCACCCGCCGUUUUGCCGAGUACAGGACGCAGAUCCUUCGCGAGGAGCUCCCUCCUCACGUCUCCAAGGCCGGCCCCAUGUGCAUGUCGCAGUUCGCCAAGAUCUUCAACUUCUCGCGUAUCCCACAGCCCAGCUCGGACGCGUUCUCGGUUAUUGACAACCAGGCGCUCCACACCACUGUCAUGAUCGACGACUUCAUCUACUCGAUUGAUGUCUUCCAGCAGGGUGCCGACGGUAUCCCGGAGCCCAUCCCCGCUGGCGAGAUUGAGCGCCUCUUCCAGGCCGCCGUUGAGGAUGCCAAGAAGCGCAAGGACGCUGGCGAGAAGCCUGCUCGUGUCGGCAUCCUCUCGGCCGACCACCGUGACACCUGGACUGUGAACCGCGAGAAGGUCAUCCUCUUCUCGCCCAAGAACCGCGAGACGCUGGCCAACAUCGACUCGUCGCUCAUCGUCGUCUCGCUCGACCCCUACACCCUGCCCACCCAGCCCACCGACGACCCCCUCCGCCAGGCUCCCGUCGACUCGCAGAUGCACAACACGCAGGGUGGUCUCUUUGGCGGGCGCAACCGCUGGUUCGACAAGCCUCUGAGCAUCCUCGUCGAGAACAACGGUCGUGCUGCCGUCAUGGGCGAACACUCGCCCGUCGACGCGCUUCUGCCUUCGAUGAUUGUCGACUACGCUCUUGCCGAGCCUGUCGACGACGCCCAGUUCUCGGUCACCAAGCAGAUCCUUCCCGCUCUUGGCCAGGGAUUCCAGCGCGAGGACUUUGUGGUCGACUCUGCUAUCCAGGACGAGAUCGCCGCCUGCGCCGAGCGCAACCUGCAGAUUGUCAACGACUCGGACGCCAGCACCCUCUGGUGGGCCGAGUUUGGCGGUGACUGGAUCAAGAAGAUUGCCAAGCAGUCGCCCGACGGCUUCAUGCAGCAGGCGCUCCAGCUCGCCUGGUUCCGCGACCAGGGCAACGCCACUGCCACGUACGAGACUGCUUCGACCCGUGGUUUCAAGCACGGUCGUACCGACGUUAUCCGUACCCUCAGCGUCGAGUCGCGUGCGUUUGUCAACGCCAUGGACAACGCCUCGCUCGACGACGCCAAGCGCUAUGAUCUCCUCACCAAGGCGGUUUUGGAGCACAACUCGCUCACCAAGCGCUCGUCUGCCGGUGGUGGUUGGGACCGUCACCUUAUGGGCCUCAAGGUCCAGCUCCGCCCUGGAGAGACGCACCCUCUUUUUGAGGACGAGCUGUACGCCAAGUCGCAGGAGUGGAAGCUCUCGACGUCUGGUCUGAGCUCUGGUAUCCGCUUCAUGGCUACUGGCUUUGGUGCCGCGUGGCCUGAUGGAUACGGCAUCAACUACAUGAUUGCGCCUCACGUUGUCAAGUUUGGCCUCGAGUCCAAGGUGUCGUGCCCCACGACGUCGACGACGCGCCUGAAGCACAACAUUGUGCAGGCUCUGCGCGACAUGCGCCGCGUGUGCGAGGCUAGUUCGACAGGAAAGGACGAGAAGGCGAAGCUCUAAGGGAAGGGAAGAUGGAUCUCUGAGGUGUGCGAUAGACGCCGAAAGAGUUGUACACAACAUGCAUUUGUCUAAGCUGCA